GGCAUGAAACGUUGUAACGGGGCUGACGUGAAAACUGGUCCAUGAAAUAUGAAUACAAAAUAUAUUGAGAUUUGCUCACAAUUUAUUAACCACGAAUUGUUUUUAAUUUUUAUUACACUUUUACAUUUAGUAGUUAGUAGCUGCUAUUUCAUAAUAAUUAUAUGGAUCACUCGUAUUAUGCCACAAUACCAAAAACUCGAAAAAAACAUAAACACUGUCAUGUUCCACAAUGCAAAACAAUACAAUACCAAGAUGAUGUGUCUUUCCACACUUUUCCUAAAAAUAUUAUCCUAAAAAAGAAAUGGGAGCAUGCUUUAAAAAUGAAUAUUAUUAAUUCUACAAAUAAUAUUAAUGUAUGCAGUAAACAUUUCAUUAAAGAUGAUUUUUUACAAUUUAAAACAACUAAUUCACCACGUCGAAGGGUAAAAUUAAAACUGUGUGCGAUUCCCUCCCAAAACUUACCCAAACGACUUUUUGAACGACCAACUCCAAGUCCAUUAAAAAUGAAACGGGUCCAAAGAGCAGAAAGAUCUACUCGUCGAGAUCUCAUGUUUAAAGGUGGAAAAGAAAAUAAUUUGGAUUCAAACAUUUCACCUGAAAGAAAUAAUACACCAUCAACAGUUCGACGAAAAAUUUAUUUCUCCAGUGAACAUAAAGAAGUACCUGGAGAAGAGUGUCUGUGUGAACAUUUGCCACUUGAUGAAGAUACAGCUGUGGAACAAAAUACUGAGUCAUCUGUGACUGCAAUUGAUACCACUUCAAAAGAUAUUGGCAUUCAAGUUGACCCAGCAGAAUUUUUAGUCAUAAAUAUUACUCUUAUGGACUUAAUAAAGUCAGAUUCAGAUAUUAAUUCCUUUACGGGCCUUUCAAAAAUAGGCUAUUUAAAGGAUAUUGCUAAAAUAUCAAAUAUUUUAAUGGCUAAACUGCAGUACACUAUACAAUUUUCUUUAGACAUAGAAAUGCGAAUAUGUUUAACUUUGUGUAAGUUGAAGUUAAAUAUGUCCUAUAAAAGUCUUUCAGUGUUAUUUGGAAUAAGUGAUACAUCUUGCAAAAAUUAUUUUAUAGAAACGAUCAAUCUUUUAUUUCUGAUUUUUAAAUCAAUGAUUGUAUGGCCUUCUAAAAGUAAAAUAGAAAAGAAUUUACCAUCCUGUUUUACAAAUUAUAAAGAAACAAGAGUGAUACUUGAUUGCUUUGAAACAACAAUUGAAAAGCCAAAAUGUUUAAAUUGUAGAAUAAGAACUUAUUCACACUACAAAGGCAAUAAUACAAUUAAAAUGAUGGUUGGAAUUUCUCCAGAUGGUUUGAUUACUUUUUUAAGCUCAGUGUAUGGUGGAAGAGCGAGUGAUAAAUUUAUUUUUGUCGACAGUGGAAUUUUGGACAAAUGCACAGAAGGAGAUGCUAUCAUGGUCGAUAAAGGUUUCUUAAUUGAACAGGAAUGUGCUGAUAGUGGUGUAAAGUUAUUUAGACCACCAUUUUUAGGUAAAAAAAAACAGCUGAGUACAAAAGAUGGUAUUGAAAAUGCAGAAAUAGCCAGAGCUCGAGUGCACAUAGAAAGAGCAAUCCAAAGAAUAAAAAUUUUUAAAAUCCUACAACAAAAAGUACCUUGGUCGUUUUUGCCUAUUAUUGAUAAAAUUACUACUGUUAUCUGUGGGGUCGUUAACAUUUCUAGACCAAUUAUCAGUGAAAGUGGUUUUAAUAUAGGAAGAAAUGAUGAUUAGUAAUUAAACAAUUGUACAAUUAUUUUAGACAAAUACAAUUUAUUAAUUAAAACAUAACACUGUAUUUUAUUAUUAUACAUUUUGAUUAAGAUAAGGUAAUACUUGCUUAAAGUACACAUCAGUCAAGUGAAUAAACAUUUGUUUACAAAAUACAGGGUCAAAAUGAACAUCUAUAACUAUUAUUGAAUCGUCAACUGAAGCAUAUAUAACUAAAUAGGCCAUUUUCAAGUUACAUAAAAGAAGUCCUAAUUGAAUUUGACCAUAGUAUGAAUGAUUCUUAUUCAAUGUUAACCUGCAUUCAUUACUGAUUUUUAUAUAUUUAAGUUUUAUGAUUAAGUCUGAUCCACUAAAUUUCUUACCAGAAAUUGGACAUUUUAUUUCAAUAAGAAAAUAGUCAUUUAAUUUUUCAAUAAAACCAUCAGGGCUUAUUCCUAACCAAGGGCAAUUUAUGUUUAUAAGAAAUCCUAGUUUAAUGAUAGAAAUUUCAUAUUUUUUUUCAAAGGCAGAAAUAGCAUUAUUUUCAUUUAAUCGACCAUAACGGGUUGCAGCAUUCCCAGAAAAAUUUGAAAAUAAAACAGAUUUUAUUUUAGAUUCCCAAUCUUUUUUUGCUGUCUUACUUUUAGACUUAGUGAAAAAACUGUAUGCUGAAGUUCCAGUAAUUCUAAUUUGCCUUAUUUUUUUCCAAUA